UAGAUUAACAAUCGAUUGGCACAGCUGUUUCAGCACAGAUUAACAACAUGGAAGCAAAGGAGAGGGAAAAGCCGCUGGUCAAAGACUUAAACGAACAUAUCGUGUGUCCGCUGUGCAGAGGCUACCUCAUAGAUGCUACGACUCUUGUGGAAUGUCUGCACUCCUUUUGCAGAGGUUGCAUCGUUCGGCGUCUGAGUAGCGGCGCCCGCGCGUGCCCCGUGUGUAGCGUCGCGGCGUCGCCGCCGCUCUUGCCGGAUACGCGGCUCCAACGGCUGGUAUAUCUCGCGGUGCCCGGUCUCUUCCGGUCGGAGCUCGAACGUAGACGCCACUUCCGUCUGGUGAAUCCGCAAUGCCCGCCGUUGCUGUCGCCCGUGGGCGCCCUCGAACUCACUCUGGAGGAUCUCGUCAGUCUGAGUUUGCGAGAGCUGGAGCACACGGAAGACGGGACGCUGAAGGAGGCGAAGGAGGCGAAUGAAGGAGGCGACUCGUCGAAUCGUGCAAACGAGGUAUCGGCAGGGGACGUGAGUAGUGGCGGAAGUACGAGGUAUCUCAAGUGUUCGGCCGCCGUGACAGUGCGUCAUCUGGUGAGACUGCUGAUGCUGAAGAGAGGAUGGGAAGAGGCUAACGCGACCGUCAACGGUGUCAAUAAUAGGAUAGAAAUUUUGUACCAGAUGGACGAGGCGCAACACCCCGACGGGGAAAGCAUGCGCCCGCUCAAUCCCUCUUGGACGCUUCUGGACCUCGCUUGCAUAUUUCGAUGGAAGAGGGAGGCGCCAAUGAGACUGUUCUACCGGGUAUUGCGAAAGGAAGAGGCGGCUUCGAUCUCGAAAGUUUCCUCGUACAAGGACGACGCGACCAAGGAUGUCCCGCCGGCGAUCGAAAAUAUACAGCGACCACCGACCCCACCACCGAGUCCCAAGCCUAGUCGCGAGCAAGAAGCUCGCGGUGCGGAGCCACCCCGUGCUCUCGAGACGACGAGCGUCGAUGUCCGCGACAAAGAGAUGCAAUCGAAAAAGCCGCGCUGCGAGGUGACGCCCGUUAUGCGUGCCCCGGACCCCCCGUCGACCACCGAACUGUCGACGAGCAAUCGUCAUCAGUCGCCGGAGAGUAAGAAGAACAAGGAUAUGGCAAGGUUGGAGCAUCGGAAGCGGCGCAAACGGCGAAACAAGCGAGUGAUCGCGGAGAUCACUACGACGCCGCGCGAGGAUCUCCUAAAACUCAAGGUCCGCCUGACGCCGUGUCCUCCGAGGAUUACGUCUGGAGCGACAGGCAGCGGUGGGGGUGGGAGCGGAGGCAUCGGUGCGAACAGUCGAACGAAGGAGAAACUGUUGCAGAUGCGAGCGGUUAGACGCGACAAGAUCAAGACGAUCGCUCAGCAGCGAUCGACGGCGAGUCCGCUAGCUCGGAAGGAAAUCAUGUCCAAGGAGUGCGCCGUGAUAGACGUGGAAGAAACGAUCGAGCAGAUCAUCGACAGCAUUCCCGACGAGGUCGUGCAUGUCGCGCAGAUCAUCGGCAAAAACGAGGAAACCAAGUCCAAGGAGUACAAGUGCAUCGCGGCGGAAAAGAUGACUAGCAAGGUGACGGAGGAAUCGACGAAAAUAUCGGAGAGCAGCGACGAACCAGAGAGACCGAAGAAAGAUGAGGAGAUUCUGCGACGACUGGGCCUGAUAGCUGUUAACGAAGCCGGUGAGAGAAUGGCGAAGCAACGCGCGCAGAGCGGCACUGACAAGGCGGAUAGUCUAGACCGCGAGAAGCUGGAGAAGCAGUUACGCGAAAGCAAGGCGAAUCGCGUGCGAAGCUUGCUGGCGGAGAAGCAGAUGCGCGACGCGCUCAAGACUAUUAUGUCCACGAAGGAAGAACUGACGUCGUCCGUCAUUAAGACGCCAAUUUUGACGUCCAUUCUUAAUACCACACCCACGCCUGUCGCACCCGCGGCCGCCACGGUCGCGUCUAUCACGCCAAAAAAGAAGGAACCACCGCCAUUGACGCCUCUGCGCGUCGCAAAACCUUCCGGUUUUGCUGCAACCAGCGUGAUAGUGUCGAAUAUCACUUCCAAGUAUGAAACGCCAUUGGAUCUCAGCAGUGGUAGCGGCGGUGGUGGCAGCAGCAGCGGCGGUAGCAACGGCGGUAGCAGCGACGGCGGCGGCGGCGGCGGCACCACCACCGUCAAUGACAACAUCCUCGACCUGUCUGCUACAUUACCCGACAACGGUCAAUCCACUCUUCCAUCUUCCUCGUCCUCUUCCUCCUUGCCAUCCUCCUCCUCCUCUUCUUCCUCCUCCUCCUCUUCCUCUUCUUCCUCAUCUUCCUCCUCGGCAUCAUUGUCCUCGAUAUCGUCCUUACCAUCGUUGCCAUCAUCAAAGCUGCCAGCGCGAUCCACAAUUAGCGCCGCCGGCAGCCUUUUCCGUAAAUCUAAGGAAUUGGAGCCACAGCGCGGCAAAGGACAGCAGGAAUCGAAUCUGAGGACCCUCUCGGAUGCCGCGGUGUCACGUCUGACAAUGAGCACUUGUCUGAUCGAAAAGAAUCCGGCGAUAGAUUCGCUGGCAUUGGCCGCCGCGAACGCAAACACCGCCAGUAGUAAGGUCGCUCUGCGCAUACCGCAGCCGCAUCAUCGCAUCUCCGGUUUCGGUAUGAAAAUCAAGCCCAAUCUCGGCGUCCGCCACAUUCCGAAUCCCCAAGCUGUCGUCGUCUCGCAAUAUCGUAAUCAAAAGUUACUUCAACGCAGUUAUUUCAACGUCGUUCAGAAGUCGCCAUAAAUGUGUGUGUGUGUCUUUUAUCUUUAAUAUAAUUUAUCUAUCUAUCAUUUCCCCUGCCUUUCCCCCCCUCUCUCUCUCUCUCUCUCUCUUUCCUACUUACUAUUUUUCUGUAAAUAGUGUAAAUCGGUCGUUAAACUUUGACAUCGACACACGGAAUUUCUGUACGACCGAAAUACACGUAUUUCGCGAACUUUCAUAUUUAAUAUUCAAAUUCAAUUGGAAUUUUCCUAAGCGCGAUGAAAGAUUUUACUAUUAUAUAUAUUGGCAAAAAUCAAAUAUAAUAUUCAGAGUUAUUUUACUCGAAAUAGUCGAAAUAAACAACGAUCAUUGUCGAUGCAUUCAUCAGACGACGUUUUUAAUUAUGUAAAAGCGCACAAGUUAUAUAUAUUACUUUCGAUCUGAUUACCACUGUCGGUGCGUCUUGUUUUCCCAGAGGGUGGGAAAGGGAGGAGAAAUCACCGACUAUUGGUCGGAUUAUUGUUACCUAGAUAUAUCAAAAUGACUGUAAUACUAUACGCCUGACCUGUGCACUGUGUCGCGGUCUAUAACUCCUAUGGUUGCUGGCGAAUCGAUUUGACAAACGGACUCUCGUGAGGAAAAUUCGUGGCGUCCGAUAAAGUAUCCAAUAUUCAAUGGAGACGAUAUAGUUAUAUAUAUAUGUAAUAUGUUGGAUCGAGAUGUAGUAAUCUGUGAAUGGAUAGGAAUGAUUGCAGCGAAACGCAUGACAGAUAUAGUCAUCCGUUGUUCCUUCUUUAGGACUGUGCGAGGACUCCGGGAGUUCGCGGAAAAUGAACUGCGGGUUCGAGUACUCAAAGAUUUCUAUAGUAAGUUUAAUAUUUGUUAUAAAAUCGACUAGAUCUCUUCGAGUCAUCAGCAGGAAGCUGAACGUAUCUAUAUUUUUGAAUUUUUGUUACUUGCACUUUUAUUAAAAAAGUCUUAUAUCAUGUUUACAAUUUAGCAAAUAUCCUUAUCAUAGAAGAAGAAUGCAUUUUAGUUGACCAGAAAAGUUCCUCGUGAUGUUUUACGUAUUAUUAUAGAGUAUUAUUGUUUAUCACUGUUGAAUUAUUUUAGUUACUUUAAUGUGUAUUGAUUUAAUUGUGCAUGCGUGUGUGUAUAUAUGUAUGACGCUUUUGACAAGUUUGUUUGUUUGAGGAAACAUUGGAAACAUUUAGAAUCAAUUAUGAGAUGUGUAUGUAACAGGUGUUUGAAUGCUCCCAAAGAUGUAAAUAAUAAACAAUCUCACGCAAUUGCAAGCGGAAUCCGAUCACGUUCGUCUGUGUUACACAUCGACUUUAUUCUCAGGAAAUCUAGCCGAGACUCGAACUCGUAUACAAAUUUUUCAUUUUUCUCGAGUGUACGGCACGGGCCUACCGCAUUGGGUGCGAUUUUUCCCUCUCUCUCUUUCAGAACUUGCGAUUAGCAAAAGAUAUAUUGUAAUAAUUUGUAGAGAUGCCAAAGAGAACGCCCGAGAACGUGUGCAAUGUAUUAGUGCAAUGUAGUUAUCAUUUAACGUAAUAUAUAUAUAUAUAUAUAUGUAUCACUCGGCGAAUUAGCGGCGCCGAAACAUAAAAGGUAAGUAGAGAGUAUUCGUACGGACACGUAUGAAUUGCGUGUGCGUGAUUUGUGAUUCCUUGAAGAGACUCCGUAGCAUAUAUAGACAUCCGGGAGACGAGAUGUUUUUAUAACGGCACAUUUUUUGCGGAAUUAAAAAAAAACUUGUUGCGAAAUCAGAUUGUAGAAGUAUCGUUAACGCGCGCGCGCCAUUGUGCGACGAUGACCAAAAAAGCAGUGCGUACCUUCUGACUGGCAAGCGCAUAGGCCUUAAACUGGCGGAAAAAUGACAAAUUUCAUGCCAUUUGGAACAAUAAAACUUUUUUUAACCAGUCUUAUUUUUCUGGAUUCGAGCGACGUUAAUACGUCUUGUAAUUCCUGCAUGUAUUAAGAUAAUUCGCAGCGUUUGUACAGAAGCGAAGUUGGUAUUCUCAAUUUUUCUCUCGUUAUUGAAUUAGAAAUAACGAGCGUCACAUAAGCGUUUAGCAUUUCUAAUUUAAUAUAAAAAAUAAAACGUUUGUGUUACCAGAGUUAUUCAAAUCUAUAUUUGCGCGAUGAACCCUUAAAUUUCAUAGAAAAUUUUGAAGAAAUUGAAAAUAUGAGUUUUGCUUCUAUAUACUUCUCAUAUACAUAUGUGUAUGGAAUACGUGAUAUUGAUAACAAGGAAUAGAUGUCAGUAUCUUGAAUAGAUGGUUAUACAUAUAUUAUAGAAGGAAAUCACUGGAUCAUAAAUUAUAGAAUAAUCUUGAAUAUAAACUUGAGGGGAAAAAUGACCAAUCGCAAAAUAUAGCAUCAGGUGGUAGAUAGCGUAAGCUUUUCAAAUUUAAUCCUGGCACUGAGAGAUUGAUCUAAAUAACCAUUAAAAAUAUUCUAUUUGUACGCAUAACAGCUAUAAUAUUCCAAAGUACGAACUACAGCGAACGACAAAAUGCGAGAGCAUUCGUAAAAGCCGGUUUUACUUCUACACGCGCUUAAGAUAUAAGAUCCAGUCGAUGUAAUCCCUCUGACAUAACAGACGCAUUAAAAAAUGCAUAGCAAGUCCAUAGAAACAAACUAUAAUUGCGUUUUGAAAAAUAAAAAUACGUAUUCAAUAAGAAAUUGUUCAAAGUGGUCUUUUUCCUUAAACGAUUACUUUUCCUUGUCGUUUAAAUCGUAAUUUUCAAGGCCGUUCCACGCAAAGCUAACGCUUGAAAGAUGGUUUUUAACAGUCACAAUAACAUAUUUCGAUAUAUGUAUUUUGAAGAGUUAAUCGAGAUAAAAAAUCCGCAUUUGUCAAAUGCUUCGAUACCGUGCAAUUAUACGUACUAUUAUAUGUAUCGCGUAGAUGGAUAUAUAUAUAUAGAUAUAUAUUAUACAAUCACUUGCAGGAAACCCCACAUCCAAUAUUGCAAUAUUUCUCCUAUUUGCAUUAGUGUCAAUGUGCCAAAACACAAAACGCAAAGUGCAAAUUUAACAUUUUUUACCAACACGUGCGCUUUUGUAUCUGUCGUCUAAUUUUAUUUAAUUUGAAUACUUCGAAUUGCUAGAGUUUUUGUAGAAAUAAUCUUGGUUUUGACGUAAUUGAUCGCAAAGUCAAUUAAUAACGGGUACCAAUAUUAGUAAACAUAUGCGUAUAAUUUUCGUAAAAGAAAUCUAUAAGUUCAGAUUUACAGGUUGUCGCGUGGAACCUGUCCAUUGAUCUAGUGAAAUCGUAACGGUUUACUCCAUUUGUGAAGGAGACUUGAGAUGUUUAUAGAAAACCGGCUCCUGUACUCGAAUGAAAUCAAUGCAUGAAGCGACUUUCGAUUAAUAGCGUAGUUUCCUAAUAGUGUAGUUUAUAAUACACAGAACGGAACAGAACUGUGUUAAAACAUGAAUGCGACCAAGUAUAUUCAAACCGGUAUUGAAAUAGGGCUUAACGAAUAUUAAUAUAUAAUUAUAGCGGAGAAUGAUAAUAAGCAACAGAUUUAAAUGCCAAAUAAUGUAAAUUUAAAUAGUUAUUUAUUCCUACGAAUUUUAGAGAACAAAUUUAACUAUUUUUUCCCACAUUUCUUCAACUUUUUUAUUGUUAUAAAUACUUAAUAUUUUUGUGUAUUUUUUUACGUCUCCUUAUCGCAUCAUGCAGUGAUAAUAACGUUAAAAAAUAAUCAAUAAUGCAAACCAAAUUUACUUUUAAAAGAAAUCAUUUAAUACGGAAGAUUAAACUAAAAGUGCAAUGAACACAGUGACAUUAACAUUAAAUAAGUUUCACAACAACAAUGUAGACAAAUGAAUAUUCACUUCCGAUAUGAAAAAUAUUAACGGAGAAAUAUUGAAUGUAAGGGAUGACGAAGACGUAAAACAUAUACACAUCGUCAUCAACAAAAAUUAGAUUUCUUAGAAAGAAGUAGAAUCGAUGAAAAUCGACAGAAAAUUGAUAGGAAAAUUCAGAAAGAACGCUAAUGAGCAAAUUAACAUAAUAAGAAAACGUAAGAUUAAAAAAGAACAGACAGAAGGAUUAAAAACGCAAAAAAAGUCAGAAAGAAAGAAAGUCAAGACUUUCGUUAACUAGCUCGAUCUUUGAUUCCCCGUAACGAGAUCACGUCAAUUAAUCGUUGCGUUAUACAUUUGUCGUCGGACCGACAUAAUAGGACGCUUUCGAUAACGUAAAAAAGAAGAAAGAAUUAAAUCAAAACUGCCACUUUUGCGAACAGAAGGAAAAGAGCCAUGGUUAUAAUUUUCACUUUGAUUAUUCACAGCAAAUUCAACACACAUACACAAGAGGGACCCAAUAGAUUUCUCAAAGCUAUUUUUCUAUUGUGCGCGUUUUUAAGUGAUCGAGAGAACACGCGUUUAUUAUCCGAAAGAUAUCAAAUUCCAUCGAAAGAAAAACACAGGAACGAGAUCCAUAUCCCUAUCGAAAUUUAUACUUAUCAAUAACGUGAAUUAAUGUAAAACUGACAAUUUUAGGAUUGGUGCGUUCUAAUUAACACGUAUUUCCUGAGAAAAACAGAAGACAUAAAAAAACGUAUAAUUUUUUUAUUAUAAUUUAUUAUUGAGGCUAUUAUACGACUUUUUAUCAAAGACAACUACAAGACAGUUUUCGAUAUAAUAAUAACACAAAUCCUAUCAAAUGCAAAUAGUGAUAUAUAAGAAAACGGAUAUAUCGUAACUGAUGGAGGUAUAUCCGUUUUCUUAUAUAUCACUAUUUGCAUUUAAUAGGAUUUCUUUCGUAAGAAAUUCUUGCGUUUCCUUAUUUUCGAUGUCACAAUGCAACAUGGUCUUAUUUAAUGAUCAUUACGAUAAACAGACAAACAGUACCGAUAUUUGUAAAAACAAUGCCAAUAUUCGUUAUAGGUUUACGCAUCUCUUCGAGAUCUCAUGGAUAUUCACGGUACGAUAAGAAUUUGAGAAUCGUUAUGAUUCAUCGUCAGUCGAUAGUCGAUACACGAUUACUUCCUAUCUUCUUUUCAUGUUAACAAUAAGUGUGUUGAAGAAUCAGUUUGGCGAGUCUUAUCGAAGACGGGGAUCUACGUCAUUAACAUAACGACCGCGACGCGACGAUCUCGAUUCUCGAACGAAGUGUACGGGGACGCAUGAAAGUAUUGGCUCGAGAAAUGGCUCCGUUUGCGAGAACCAAGAAUCUCAGAGACUCCUCCACGAUUGUAAUUCAUUCUUAUUAUUACCAAUCGUAUUAUCGCGAAUAGCAAGCGUGUCAUAUUACGGUAUUUACAGUAUUCUAUUCGAACGGAUUCAUCCGCGCUCGAAUUGCCUAGUAUUAACUAUUAACUAUAUAGUGUAAUCGUGACGGUAAUAAUUAUUCUAUGCCAAAUUGCAGCGAGAAACAGCGUGCAUAUUCGUUUAUGUUUGCCGUAUAAAUUGUUUUACCUGUCAUCCUGUCGUCUAGUAGUUACGGUAUAUUUAAAAGAUAUUACAUAUUUAUAUUAUUAUACUGCAAAUUUUUUUAAGCACUUAUGUGAAAUUAAGAUUUUUACGUUAAGUUAUUGUUAUUUAACUAUCUUAUUUAAUAAAUUUAUUUAAUACUUAUUAAGUAGAGGAGAAUUUUUGUUGUUAGCAACAAGUUGACUACUCGUGCUAUUAUUUUCAGAUAACGUUAAUAUUACAACAAAAUUUUAUAACAAAUAAUUGGAUAAUAUAGGUUUACUUUUAUUCAUAUUCAAGUAUAGCUGUUAAUUGAUGUUUAUUAAUUCGAUGUCCAUAAACCGAUAUUCAUUACCGUUUAAUAACAUUAAAAUGCAUGUCGCUAUUUUUCCUUAUACGCAUAAGUAGCGAGAGAGCUCAUAUAAAUAACCAAUACUGAAAAAUAUUCACUCUUACAUUAAUUAAUACAGAUGCAAAGUGAAGAUACUAAUUCGGAUUUCUCAUUAGUAAUGUGCGCAACGUAUACGUUUAAUGUGCACACUGACAAAUAUUGUAGCAUGGUGCACAAAUUAAAUUGUUAUACCUAUUAUAUACUUGAAACGGCCAAGCAUUUAAAAAACCGAGAACGGUACUAACAGCUCCUAAAAUCAAAAUUGACGACAAAAAUGAUCGACGCACGGAAAUCGGUUUUUACGAUGUGCGAGCGCGUGUAUAUGUAUAGUAUAAUAUAAUAUAUCUUUAAUAUUGUUGCGAUCGUUCGAAUGUUUUAAUUGUCGAAACGAAUAUACCGCGCGAUGCGAUCUUCGGUAUUAACGAGAACGAGAGAAAGAAAUUGUCUAAUUUAAUUCGAUGAAAGAUUAAGAAAGGUGCCGAAUGGAUGAAAGGCAGUAUAAUUGUUGCGCGUAUUUAUUAGCUACUCCAUCUAACCUAUUGUUUCAGCAAAGCUAUUCGGAAGUCAUAUCGUAUUGUACGUUGUAGGACUUGCUCGUAAACGAAAUAUAAAGUGUAUAAUAUCCUA